CUCCAUGCCGGGAUCGUUUGCCAGAGCUGGCAAGUGUUUUGUUGGGAGCUUGUCUCUCUGGGUCUUAUCCGGGGACGGCAGUCGGGGUUUCUGGGUGUCACCGGAGAGGCAGGAGGAGGAGGAGGGUGGGCCCGGCUGCUUCGCCACCCCCCCCCCCCCCCCCCCACUGCCAGCCAGGGCUCUGGUGUGAGAAGGCGGGGGCCAGUUGCAGAGGAAAGGGAGGAAAUGGGGUAAGAACCGACGCUUCCCUUGCUGCCUGCCAGCAGCACCGCGCUUAUUGGAGCCGGAUGAUGGAUCCCUGCCGGACCUGGGGGGCGAUGGCCUUACUCUGCCUCCUCGUGCCGGGGGGACAUGGCUACCGGGUGCCGGAUCCCCUGCCCAUGCCUCUUUGGGGGGGUCGCACCCAGGGCUGGGACCUCAACCGGGUCCUCCUGUAACAGGGUGCCCUCUCCCAGGGCACCCUGGUCCUUGCCGGGUGUCCAUCUACCCCGAGGAACCGACGGUGGAGUUUGGCAGCUCUCUCCUCCUCAAUUGCACCAGUUCUUGCCGUAACUACAGCCGGCUGAACUGGGAGGUCUCCACCACCAAGAUGGGGAUGCAGGGACCCGGCUGGGUGUCCCUCAGCAUCCCCAACGUCACCAGCUGGAGCUUGGAGCUCCAGUGCUUCGGCAUUUUCGGGCAGCAGCGGAAUAUCGCCAAGACCACCCUCCACGCUUACCGGUUCUCGCCUCCCCAAAUUUACCUGGAGGGUGACACGGUGGCUGGCAAAGAGGCGCGUGUCACCUGCAACGCGUCCGCCCAGGUCUCCCCCCACGACCCCCCAAAUCUCCACCUGACGCUGUGGGGUGGGGGGCUCCCCCCCAGCACCCACCGAGGUCCCUCCGUGGGGUUGAGUUUCACGGCGCAGCUGGAGCAGCACGGCCAGGAGGUGAUGUGCGAGGCCGUGUUACGGCUCGGGCGCCGUACGGUCAACGCCAGCGCCGUGGUUACGCUGUGGGUCUGGGCUGCCCCCCACGAUGUCCAGGUGUGGGCACCGCAGACCACCUUCACCACCGGUGACAACCUCACAGUGAUGUGCCGGGCAGAGGGGAACCCCCCACCACAGCUCCACUGGGAGAUGCCCACCAACACCAGCUGGGAGCUGUGGGACGGCGGCACCACCAUCACCAUCCCGGCUGCCCAACGGGUUCACGACGGCACCUACCGCUGCCUGGCCGAGAACCACUACGGCGCCGGCGCUGCCAGCAUCGACCUUGUCUUCCGAGGAUCCUCCCGCAGCCCCCUGAUCCCCGUGGUCGUGACCUUGGCCGUGGUCACCGUACUGGCCGUUGUCGCCGUCUCCUGGUGGCUUUAUCGCACCCAAGGCUGGAAGCUGAUGCCUAGCUAGCCCAGCUAGUCCUGCCUUGCCAAGCCGUACGUGGGAGCAAAGAGCGAAUUUCCUCCAUGUCUCCGUGUAUUUUUUCCCCACCUUUUCCCAC